AUGAAACGCAAGCUUGAUGCCAAUGAUGUCCCUUCAACCGAGGUUGCAGAGGAAAAGGAGACAAAAGAUGCGGACAACACCGAUUUCGAAAGCCUCAAUCUCGAUCCCCGACUGCGCCAAGCUUUGAUCAGAGAACAAUUCACGAAGCCUACUCCCGUUCAAUCCAAGGCCAUUCCGCUCGCGCUUGAGGGCAAGGAUAUUCUAGCCCGUGCGAAGACAGGGUCUGGAAAGACUGCGGCCUAUGUCCUCCCAAUUUUACAGACGAUCCUUCAGAAGAAAGCUGCCGAUCCCUCGUUAAAGGCUACCACUGGCCUCGUCCUCGUUCCCACCCGAGAGCUUGCGGAACAAGUUCAGAGUGUUAUCAUCAAAUUUUCUGCAUUCUGCGGCAAAGAUGUUCGCUCCGUGAACCUUACGCAGAAAGUUUCCGAUGCUGUACAGCGCACAAUGCUCGCCGAUUACCCGGACCUGAUUGUAUCCACUCCCGCUCGUGUGAUUGCCAACCUGGGUACUUCGGCUUUGUCAUUGGAACAUUUGACGCACCUUGUAAUCGAUGAAGCGGAUCUGGUUCUUUCGUAUGGUUAUGAUGAGGAUAUCAAUGCAUUGGCGAAGGCGAUUCCCCGCGGUGUGCAGACAUUCCUGAUGAGUGCAACCCUCACGUCGGAAGUUGAUACCCUGAAGGGCUUGUUCUGUCGGAGUCCUGUGAUUCUGAAGUUGGAAGACAAGGAGGAUGAGGGUGCUGGUAUCAGUCAGUUUGUCGUUAGGUGCGCGGAAGAUGAGAAGUUCCUCCUGACCUACGUCAUUUUCAAACUGCAGUUGAUUAAAGGCAAAGUCAUUAUCUUUGUUGGCGAUAUUGACCGUUGUUAUCGCCUCAAGCUCUUCCUCGAGCAAUUUGGAAUCAAAAGCUGUGUCCUCAAUUCCGAGCUGCCAAUCAAUUCUCGGAUUCACGUUGUGCAGGAGUUCAACAAGGGUGUUUACGAUAUCAUCAUUGCAGCUGAUGAGCAAGAAGUGAUGGGAUCGCGGACAUCUUCCAAGAAAUCCAAGGAGGCCACUGACGGAGACGAUGAGGCCAAGGACAAGAUGGGCUCCAGUGAAGACGAGGAUAACGAACCAGAACAGAGCGGCAAAUCUGCCCGCCCAGAGAAACGUCGUAAGACAUCAGGAAAAGCCAAGGAUUACGGAAUAUCACGCGGCAUCGACUUCCAGAACGUCGCCUGCGUUCUAAACUUCGACCUCCCUACCACUUCCAAGUCCUACACCCACCGCAUCGGCCGUACAGGAAGAGCCGGCAAAGCCGGCAUGGCCCUGUCAUUCGUCGUCCCAGCGGACGAAUUCGGCAAACACAAGCCCACCAGUUUCCCAACCGCCAAGCACGACGAGUCCGUAUUGGCGAAGAUCGUCAAGAAACAAGCCAAGCUCGGCCACGAGGUGAAACCCUACCAUUUCGAGAUGAAGCAGGUCGAUGCCUUCCGGUAUCGUAUGACAGAUGCCCUUCGCGCAGUCACACGGUUGGCCAUCCAGGAAGCACGUGCGCGCGAAAUCCGCCAGGAACUGGUCAAGAGCGAGAAGCUCAAGCGGCACUUUGAAGAGAACCCCGAAGAACUCAAGCAACUGCGCCAUGACGGCGAGCUUCGCGCAGCGCGGAUUCAACCACAUCUGAAACACAUUCCGGAUUAUCUGAUGCCGAGCAAGGGAAGGAAGGGCAUCUCCAGCGAGGACGUUGGGUUUGUUGGUUUCAGGAAAUCUGGAGACAAUCGGAUUCGCAAAGCUAGAGAGAAGAAUCGGGGUAAGGGUAAGGGGCGGAAACCCUCCGGCGUGAGGAAGGUGGACCCGCUCAAGACCUUCAACCGGGGUCGCAAGUGA